GCGCAUGCCCCUCCGGAUCAGGCCGGGGAAAGGGGAGGGGGAAGUGGAGAAAGAGAGAGAGAGGAGAGGAAGAGAGAAGCUUGGCCCGACUAAGAAGCGGAGGCGGCGAAUAGGUAAAGAAGGGAGUUUUAAAGAAACAUGCCAAGAAAACGGGUAUUAGAAAAAGAUGACAUUUUAAAAGCGAAACGGAUAAAAGUUAGCCAUUCCUCACACCAAAGUGAGCCAGGAUCGGUGCUGACCCUGGGGCAAGGUGAUCUCGGACAGUUGGGCCUUGGGCCAGAUGUGCUGGCGCGGAAGAGGCCUGCCCUGGUGCAGCUCCCUGAGAAGAUCAUCCAGGCCGAGGCAGGAGGGGUUCAUACAGUGUGUUUGAGCGAAACAGGCAAGAUCUACACUUUUGGCUGCAAUGACGAGGGGGCCCUGGGGAGGGACACUUCAGAAGAAGGGUCUGACGCCGUGCCGGGCUUGGUGGAUCUGAAGGAGAAGGUGGUGCAGGUCUCAGCGGGGGACAGCCACACGGCAGCAUUGACAGAAGAUGGACGCGUCUUCAUUUGGGGUGCUUUCCGGGAUGAAAAUGGCGUCAUUGGUUUACUAGCUCCUCUGAAAGGUGAAGAGAAUUUGGAGUCUGGCAACGGCAGCUUAUUCCCAGUAGAACUACAGUUGGAGGUCCCAGUUGUUAAAAUUGCCUCCGGGAGCCAUCACUUGGCUUUAGUGUCCAAUGCGGGCAACCUGUACACCUGUGGGUGUGGAGACAAUGGUCAGCUGGGACGUGUGCCCCAAAUUUUUGUGGCCCGAGGAGGAAGACGAGGCUUAGAGCGGCUGUUGCUCCCCCAAGUGGUCAUCAUAAAGCAGAGGGGCUGUAAGUCCAAAGGCAACAUCAAAGAUAUCUUCUGUGGCUCCUACUCCACCAUUGCCAUCACGCAGGAGGGACACGUGGUUGGGUUUGGCCUCUCCAAUUAUUACCAGUUGGGUUCCCAAGAAAUUGCCACCUAUUAUUCUCCAAAGAUUCUGACAGCAUUUAAGAAUUCCACCCGAUCAUGGGUUGGAUUCUCUGGUGGGCAGCAUCACACUGUCUGUCUGGAUUCAGAAGGCACUGUAUAUAGUCUUGGGCGUGCAGACUAUGGUAUGUUGGGCCUGGGAAAAGAAGUUGGUGAGAAGAACAGUCCCACUGCUAUCCCUGGUUUGCCCAAAUCAACUUCGGUGGCCUGCGGGGAACGAGUUGGCUAUGCCGUGACAGAAGAUGGCCGUGCCUUUGCCUGGGGCAUGGGGUCAAACCUCCAGCUUGCCACAGGAGAUGAAGAAGAUGUCUGGAGCCCCGUUCAGAUGUCCGGCCAGCAGCUGGAGAGCCGCAGAGUUCUCUCCGUGACAGCUGGAGGGCAGCACACCGUCUUACUUGUCAAGGCCCAGCAGAGCUGACAAUUUGUUCCUGCAUUCCCGGCUAGGAACCCUCCAGGGGGCGCUGUCUGCCUGAAGCAUUUGGGAGCCAGGUUUUGAAGACGGCCCUUCUGCGGGAGGAAGAAGAAAAGGAGAGGAGAAUACUUUUCUAAGUUCUUUUGGAAAAGAAAAUUAGCUGAGAUAAAAAUACUCUUUUGAAUGCUGGAAUUUUGUUGAAAUCCAAAGCAGAUUCUCUUGUAUCAAACAGGAGGACGGAGGCCAGCCUUCCCACCCUUAAAAAAGGAAAAAGUAUCAAUGUCUGGAAAUCUGUUUAACUGCCGUUUUUUGCUUUCACGAGCUGUUUUUCCCCAUGCUUUCGUUGAUCAUUGAGUCUCUUGGAAUUUCCCCCAGCUUCAGUUGGUUUGGUUGGUUUCAGUUGGAUCUCACCUUGAUUGUGUUCUUAGCUAUUUAUUCUUCCCUUUUAAAAGUUUUUAAUCCCUCACAAUGCUUGCAAAUUAGCAGUUAGGGAAUGCGGGCUCUUCAAUUUAAGUCUGCUACUUCUUUUCACCACGGGUCCUCUCCUGCCUAAAGCAGCCAAGCCAAUUGGGACAGCACCAAGGCUGUUGAAUUCAUGGCGUCGGUUGCCCUCACCAAGAUCUCUUCUGCAAGAUUCAGGGUUAUGUAGGCAGAACGGCAGCCUCCCACCCCCUCCAGCCGGUGCUCCCCAGGGACAGGCUGCUUCGGAGAGAUGAACAGGGUAUAUAAGCACAUCUUCCGAACUGGAUGCUUUAACAAAAGGAUGCAGAUUGGUUCUACUUUCCCUUAUUCCAGGAACAGAGUGCCUUUAUCCUAGCAUGAAAUCUGGGUUCCUCAGUCCUUGUAAUUGUGGGGGGGAGAAACACGGUUCUUAAAUUUAGAGCGGGCAAACUGUUUCUCCUUUUUUGGAGAAAUUCUUGAAGGUCUUAUGGGACUUUUACUGUAAUUCCCACUGGUGCAGCUGCCUCAUCUCCUAAACAACUGAGCCUGAACAGAGACUUCCAAUGACCCAGCACUGUUCGGGGCAUCCACAAAUCCUAUCUUUCAUAUUUAAAAUGGCACCUCUGGUUAUGUUUUUCCUGGAAAAGUUAGACCCUCGAAUUUAGGAGGCCAGCUCCAACUUCUCUCAGGUGUUCCUUCAUUACUUGCCUUGCAUGAACAGUAGAGUGAUUUUUCCAACUUUUCUGUUGUGUGGGGGGCCAUGCUUUUAAACCAUAUUUGUGUGACAGAGAUAGGUAAUUGCUUGUUCAAAGGAGCUGCUUGUCAGUUGAUCCUCAACAAACAUGAAAGAGCAACAAAACCAGCCCAAGAAAAGAUGGAGACAUUUUUGUCAUGACCUUUGAAAUGCCGGCCACCUUCUGUCAUCUCCCAUAACUGAAAUUUCUUGCAGUUCUAGAAACUGGUGCAUUUUUU